AUGGGGAUGCUGGAGAAGGCGCCGGGUCUCUUCGUGUGGGCCCUAGGUACCAUCGCCUGGAUGCUCGCCACGGCGUUCCUCGUUCUCGUUGCGCGGGGCCUCGCCAAUUGGCUGUGGUUGUGCUGGCGCCUGCGCGAUGUGCCGAAGACCAAGCCGCAGAAGUCCUCCCUGCUGCUUCUCGACUUGUACAAGCACAUGUCGUCCAUGGGACCUAAUGUAGACGUGAAAGUGAAGGCAUUCAGGUACCUAAAAGGGUUCUUCAAGUCCGUAGAAGAUCAAGACGUUACAGUUGCUUUCUACGGACCGUUCCCAGUUCUUCUUGCAGCGACGCCACAAGUUGCAGAGGCCAUCUUGGGCGACCUACACAACACGACCAGGGCCUUCUUUUACGAUAUGCUGAAGCCAUGGAUGGGUGAAGGCAUCGUCACAUUGAAUGGCAAGCCAUGGAAAGCCCGUCGGAAGGCUAUGACACCCUCCUUCCACUUCCGUAUUCUUGACGAUUACACGCCCAUCAUGGACAAGAGAGCGAAGAGGCUGGUGCAAAAGCUCGCCACUAUGAGUGGGGAGUACUUCGACGUCUUCCCCGUCCUUCGUGCAGCCUCCUGCGGAGUACUCUUCGAAACCAUGAUGGGCGUCGACUAUGACGAAGAUGACAGUAAGAUAGCAGGAUAUCUGAAAAUUCAUGACGCACUUUGCGAAAGCUUCGCAAAACGUUUGACGAACUUCCAUCACUGGUUUGACUGCAUUUAUGCAUUCACCAAAGACCGCAAAGAGAUGUUGAAGCAUGUGGAAGAGGCAAGAGAUUUUGUCAGUGACGUUUUCCAGAAGAGAAUCACCGAGUACCGAAAAGGCUUCAGGGAUCCUGUCUCGAGAAACUCUCUCCUGGAACUUCUUUUCCGAAUGUGCGUCGACGAAGGCACACUCAGUGAAACUGAGGUUCGAGACGAAAUUCUCAGUGCUCAGGAAGGGGGCUUCGACUUCACGGCGACAAACCUCGCUUUUGCUCUUUACCUAAUCGGCCACCAUCCAGAAAUUCAAGAUAAGCUCCGGGACGAGAUCGACGCAGCCUUUGGAGACGACUGGGAGAAGCCGCUCGACCCCGAAGCUGUAAAAGGCCUCACUUAUAUGGACUGUGUUCUGAGGGAAGCUUUGCGGCUUUAUCCCCCGGCACAACUUGUAGGCCGCCUGGUCACAAGAGACACAAAAAUUGGAAACCAUGUAAUUCCCCGCGGCACGCUGGCCAUCAUAGCUUUGUAUUUUCUUCAUAGACAUCCCAGGUAUAUUAAGGACCCAGACUGUUUCAUACCCGAGAGGUUCAUGGGUGCAAAAAGCAUGCCUACCUUCGCACAUGUGCCCUUCUCAGCGGGACCGCGUAACUGCCUAGGGCAAAAAUUUGCGCUGAGGGAGCAAAAGAUUAUUCUGACACACAUUCUACGCCGCUUCAACGUCAGCUCCAAAGUUCCCAUGGACAAGCUUGAGUUGGCCAUGAGCAUAGUUCUGUAUCCUGUUCAAGGGAUUGAAUUAAAGUUUACACCAAGGACGCUGCUUUCAUCAAGUUGAACGCAGCAGAAGAAAGGGACAGUUGGGCAUACUUGUCAUGUGGUAUGUUACAGUCGUCAUCGUCCUCUUAAAUAUAAUAAAUUCUUCAUUUGUGGA